GCCUCAGGAAGGGGCGGAGCCUGGACUGCCUGUCUGCUCUUACUCAGGGUUCAAGCGGCGAACGCGCUCGCAGUUGCGACAUACCAUGGAGACGAACGGGUUGGGACCCAAGGGGUUUCCGGAGCUGAAGAAUGACACGUUCCUUCGUGCAGCCUGGGGAGAGGAAACAGACUAUACUCCCGUUUGGUGCAUGCGGCAGGCAGGCCGCUACCUACCAGAGUUUAGGGAAACGCGGGCUGCCCAGGACUUUUUCAGCACCUGUCGCUCUCCUGAGGCCUGCUGUGAACUGACUCUGCAGCCACUGCGUCGCUUCCCUCUGGAUGCUGCCAUUAUUUUCUCCGACAUCCUUGUUGUACCCCAGGCACUGGGCAUGGAGGUGACCAUGAUACCUGGCAAAGGACCCAGUUUCCCAGAGCCAAUUAGAGAAGAACAAGACCUAGAACGCCUACGGGAUCCAGCAACAGUGGCCUCUGAACUGGGCUACGUGUUCCAGGCCAUCACUCUUACCCGACAACGGCUGGCUGGACGUGUGCCACUGAUUGGCUUUGCUGGUGCCCCGUGGACUCUGAUGACAUACAUGAUCGAGGGUGGCGGCUCAAACACCAUGUCUCAGGCCAAACGCUGGCUCUACCAAAGACCUCAGGCCAGUCACCAGCUGCUUCAAAUCCUCACUGAUGCUCUGGUACCCUACCUGGUAGGACAAGUGGCUGCUGGCGCCCAGGCAUUGCAGCUCUUUGAGUCCCAUGCAGGGCAUCUAGGCCCACAGCUCUUCAACAAGUUUGCACUGCCUUACAUCCGUGACGUGGCUAAACGAGUGAAGGCCAGACUGCAGGAGGCAGGCCUGGCACCGGUGCCCAUGAUCAUCUUUGCUAAGGAUGGACAUUUUGCACUGGAGGAGCUGGCACAGGCUGGGUACGAGGUAGUUGGGCUUGACUGGACAGUGGCCCCCAAGAAAGCCCGGGAGCGUGUGGGGAAGACAGUGACCUUGCAGGGCAACCUGGACCCCUGUGCCCUAUAUGCACCCAAGGAGGAGAUCGGGCAGCUGGUACAGCAGAUGCUGGAUGGCUUUGGGCCACAACGCUACAUUGCCAACCUUGGCCACGGGCUUUAUCCUGACAUGGACCCAGAACACGUGGGGGCCUUUGUGGAUGCUGUGCACACACACUCACGUCUACUUCGACAGAACUGAGUGUACACCUUUCUCCUCAAGUGCCACCUGAUGUUUCCAGAGAAUAAACGUUCCAGAGUUGGGUUUUAU